AUGGAAGAUGAAAUUUUUUUGAUGUAAGGCUUUUGUCUUGUAUACAUGGCACUUAUUUUUAUAACAGGAAUACUACCAUCAUUCCAUUUCACUGAGUAGGAUGAUUUUUAUGUAGAAGCUUUAAAUUGGUCAUAAGGAUUAAUAAAUGACUUACAAAUUGUUAAUUAACUUAAUGAUUGUCCUUAAUAAUUUGAGUCUUUAAUAAAUUAUAGCUGGCCUGGAUUAAAGGGAGGAUGUUUUUGUGCUGAUAGUAGGUACUAUGAAAUGUCUUAAUGCAAAACCUAAAUGAAAAAAUAAAUUUGUUAAGAUUUGCCUUCUAUUAACUCAAAGACACUCAACAGCUACUUAUUUACAUAGGUUGAUAGCAAUAGCAUAUAGAAAGAAAUACCUUUCAAAAUUUGUGGCAAAAAAAUAUCUUCUUAAGCAUAAAAGACUAAAAUGAGGAUAAAAGAUAUUUGUAAGUAGGGCGCAGGAGAGAGAUGUGUCAUAGAAAACUUAGCAUUUUGUAUGCCAGAUAAUACGUAAUGUCCUUAACUCAAAUAAACUUGCUUAAAAACAGAAAAAAAGUGUCAAAUAAACAAUAAUUUGAGUUUUUGUGUUUAAAAGAAUUAAUAUUGUCCAUAAACUUAUGAGUGCGAAUCUUCAAGUAACAGACCCUGUUUUUCUAAAGACAGAAUAAUAUGCAUUGAUAAAAAUGAAAAAUGCCCAAUAACUAACAUCAGAUUUGUUGAUAAUAAGACAUAAAUAAAUUUAAAUCUUUCUUAAGAUUAUGAAGAAAAAAGCAUGUAAGUUAGCUCUAAUUACAGAUUGUUUAUUGAUAGAAGUAAAAAAGGAAUACCUAUAGUAGACUUUACAAUAUCCUCAAUUGAUGGAGUUUGUUUGGGUGACAAAAACUAAAUAUUAGUAAAGUACUAUCCAAUGGAUAUAAGAAAUGUAUGCCAAGAAUAGGAUUUUCGUUACAAUUCUGUUUUUGAAUAGCCUAUUCUUUCUACUGACCUCUAUAAAUCAAAUGGAAUAGAAUUAGGAAAUCAUGAAAGUUUAAUUCCAGAAAGUGAUUAAUAUGAUAUGUACUUUAGACGAUUUUAUGAUAGUUCAUAUGAAUGCUAGUAUUAAGUUGAUAUAGACAGUUGGAGAGAUCUAUUUAGAAGCAUAAUAAAUCUAUCAAACGCUAUGUUUUACUUGUCUAUUAUAGCUAUGAUUUUUUUGAUAUUGUCAAUAUACUUUUACUUACAACCACAUUAAGAUCCAAAAUAAAUGAUGGUUUUUAUUCCAUUCAUAAUUGUUUUCAUAAAUUCAAUUAUUGUAUUAUUAAUUGAAAGCGAUAUUGAAGAAAUCGAUUAAGGUCUAAAACUAUUUUCAGAUGAAAAGUGCUACGAUUAAGUUUUAAUUAGUGAAAUAGAUAAUCUAAGAUAUUAUUUAGGAAGUGGACCAUUAAUUUUUGUUAAAAUAGUAUAUUUUCCUAUUAUACUAUAUUUAAAAAUAGCAUCUAAUUUUUGA